UGAUAAAUAAAGCGGUUGUAAAUUCAUCCUUUUUGGACGUUUCACAACGAACUUGUUUAACUUUUAACCGCAUUUUUCAACAAUAUGUUUAUAUAUCUGUUAUAUUUACUUGUGAAAUUGGUAACCAAACCAGCGGUUGAACUUUCAACCACAUUAAACCAGCUAAGGUACCAAUCGAACCCACAAACCGAGCGGUUAACACAAAUGCGAUUCAUUUAUUAGGGCUUGUAAUAUUGAGAGUUCAAACGAUGAGAAAUGAGAAUUCUGGUUAGAACAAAAGCUUGGAUUAAUUUCUUAUAAUAUAAUAUGGCGACCGAGUAAAAUUUGGAUAAACGCCUAACAGAAUUGAAUUAUAACGUAUACAAAGUCGUUAAUAUUAAGAUAAUCAUGGCGACUACUGAUUGGUUUUUAAAAUGCCUAAAGAAAAACAUUUAUGAGAAAAUCUGAAAAUGUAUCGCAAUCGACUGACUUUUUCACGUUUAUAUUUUCAACAGAAUUAGUUAAUUAAAUUUCAACGUUGGACUUUAUUAAAAAAAGAGGAAUCUGAGAGAAUAUCAAAGCUUCACACACUAAUCAAAAAGCUUUAACCAAAUCCUUCUCAACAUAUAAAUAGAAAGCGUUGCAUACUUUAUGAGAUAUAUAAUAUAGUAUUCAAUUAAAAUGGGAAACACUAUAAGGAGAAACAAGGCGAAAGUUAUGAAGAUCGACGGUGAUAUUUUCCGGCUCAAAACUCCGGUGACGGCGAGUGACGCCACGAAAGAGUAUCCCGGAUUUGUGCUGUUAGACUCCGAGACCGUGAAACGGUUAGGAGUUCAUGCCAAACCGCUAGAGCCGAAUCAGAACUUAAAGCCGAACAAAACUUAUUUUUUGGUGGACCUUCCGCCAGUAGAUAAAAAGAAUAAGCUUCCAUACCGGAGAGUUAUGUCCGGUAAUAUACAUAUUGGCGCCAAGGAGCGUUUGGAGAUGUUAAUGCUUUCCCGGAGAACGGUUUCCGAUGUUGGUGCCGCAAGAUCUACCGAAGCAGAUGGGCCUGAGCUUGGACAAAGGAGGGUGAGAUUAAGGCUGCCUAGGUCUCAGAUCACAAAGUUAAUGGGAGAGAGCCAUGAUGCUUCGGAAGUUGCGGCGAGAAUUAUCAAUGCUUAUAUGGAGAGUUCCGGUGAGAUGCAAGGCGGCAAAGAUAACGAUGGUCUUCACCGGAAACUUGGAAUUGCGGAGAUAAACAGCCAUUACAAAGCACGAGAGAAGCAUGUGAGUUUCGCUGAGAAAGGAGGAAGAGGAGAGAUCAUUGUUUUAUAACGAACAAAGCAAGAGUAGCCAUCAACUAUUGUCCAAGUUUUUUACCAAAAAAAAAAAAAAAAACUAUUGUCCAAGAUAUUAUAUUUUAAAAAAAAAACUAUUGUCCACGAUAUUUCUUGUACUGAAAAAAUGCAUUUGUUCGGACUCAUAUUUUAUUGGGCAUAUAUAGCUAUCAUCUCUAAACUUGAUGUCAAAAACGAGAUGAGACAUUUAUAAAUCUUGAUAGUUCUACCACAAAUUUUUAAUUAUAUAUACUUUUAUAAAGUUCGAGAAAAAAUUUCGGAAUUCUUUUUACAUUUAAUUUUUUUCC